AUGGAGCUAGGCCUCUCCGUCCUCCCGCCCGCCAUCACACACACCCACACCAUAGUAUUCCUGCACAGCCGCGGCAGCACCGCCGCCGACGCCUCCGAACAGCUCUUCUGGCCGCGCGACUCGCUACGGCGGUCCCUCAAGACCGUCUUCCCGUCGGUAAGAUGGGUGUUUCCCCAGGCGGAGCUGCGGCCCUGCGAGGCCGACGAGGGGCAGGACUGGUCGCAGUGGUUCGAUGUUUGGAAUCCUCUUGAUCUGGCCGAGAGGGAGGAGGUGCAGGCGCUGGGGCUGCAGGAGAGCGUGGAGAGUUUGAGGAGGUUGGUGGUGAGGGAGGCGAGGUUGUUGGGUGAGGGCGAUGGUGGAGGUGGAGGUGGGCUGGAGAGGGUGGUUUUGGCUGGGGUUAGUCAGGGCGGGGCGGCGGCUGUGCAUGCGUUGCUGAAUAUGGUCGUGCCUACGCCUCCGCCUCCACCACUGGAUGGUGGUGGUGGUGGUGGGCUGGUUGCUUGGGACAGGGCAGACUAUUUCGACGAGCGGCACACACCGCCAACGAAACUAUGUGCGCUGGUGGCCUUCUCGUCCGCGAUGCCGUUUCCCGGCGGCACACUAGAGGAGACGCGCGAGGUGCUUGCGCUGGACGGCACGCCGAUCGACGACGUGGUGUGGAACACGCCCGCGUUCCUCGCGCACUGCGCCGACGACCCCCUGGUGUUCAUCGAGUACGGCAAGGUGCUCCGGAACUCGCUCCGCGACUUUGGCAUGAAUGUCACGUGGAGGGAAUAUGAGGAGGGGGGCCAUCAGAUCAACUCGCCGCAGGGCGUGGAUGAUUUCGUCGAUUUCCUCAUUGCUCAGGGGGUGCCGGGGAAGAGCCCUCGGAGGCGGAGGGGGUCUUCGGGCAGUCGUAGUGUCAGCCCGGAUUAA